AUGACGAGAGUACAUUGACGGUGCAAAGCAUACAUUACUUCGAGUGGUUGAGACAGCAGAAGCUGAAGGGGGUUAUAAUUUCAUGGUACAUAUUCAGUGGCACUAUGUAUAUAUACCAUAGAGAAUGAAGAAUUCGUGUUUAACAGUUUUGGUGGACGGAAUUUCCCUGUAUGGGAUAGGUUUCGAUUUAAUAAGCAUGUCUAUUCUAACUACCGAGUAUGAUUUGACGAAAAGCCUACAACUAUUACUAGUAAUGCCAGGAAGUUGUGCUUGGGUUGCAGUUGUACAAUUUCUAUUUCUAACAGGGCCUACAGAGAGUUGCGAGUUAUCCGAGAUUAGAUGGAAAUUUCCUGUCUGAUGAAUUGGUCAGCGAGACUGCAUGGAGCAAAACGAGCUGACAGCAAAUGUGGAUUAGAAUUUUGAUCAGAUGGUGAUGCAUGUUUGUUCAAGCCCAUUUAUUUGUCGCCGGAACUUAAGAUUUUGGAAAUCAAUUUCGUCAUGAAGGGUGCGGAUUGACAGGGAGGUGGGUUAGGCAGACUUACAGUGAGUAAGUAAGUAUCAGGUCGUUUUGAGUAGAUGGCGGUUUAGAAGCUGAUGCACAUUUAUCAACACCCCAAGCCUCAUCAUCGGAGGUUUAG